AUGGAGGAACAGUGGACAGAAGCACAAUACGAAGCAGCUCUUGCACAGCUGGAAGCCCUCACCGACAAGGUAGCUAUCCCCAUCCAGUCACUCAUCACAAACAAGACACUCACUAACAAUACACCACAGCUGACCGCACUACGAACCACCAUCCCAGCGAUAAUCUCCCCGCUGACACGAUCCGCUACCACAAAACUCGCCGCCUUUGCUGGAUUAAAGAAAGCUGCUGUCGGAGCAGUGACUGGUGUUCAAGAUCUGAGGAGGGAGUGGGAGAGUGAUGGUAUGCAAGAUUUGUUGAAGAGGACGAAAGAGAGUUAUGAGAAAGAUGCGGAUUUGGGACCUGCGAAGGAGGUUCCGGCAUGGGGAUGGAUUAAGGAGGGGGAUGGAAUUGAUGGUGGGGAGGUGAAGGAACAACAACGGGAGGUUAAGAAGGAGGAUGGUGUUGGCGGAUGA